AUGGACUUCGCACAAUAUGCAUCGGAUGGAAAAAUCCCAAUCACCCUCCUCCAAUCAAUGCUUGCCGACACUUUUUCACCUUCUGAGGUAAGGCAUUUAUCCAAAGCAUAUCGUCCAAUAAAGCAGGAAGACCAACGACAAAUAAACGAUAUUGGUGUUGAUAUUCAAGAAAGCGGGAACUUUGUUGAUCAGUUGGAGUCAUAUCUUGAAAGUCGAAACCAUUAUUGUCAGGAGCCCAUAUGUAUGUCUUCAUCUUCAGCACAUCCUGUCUCAAGUGAAGGACUGAGGUUUCAAACAAUAGAGCAACAACCAUCCUCGCCUCUUCCAGUUACCAAUGUCUGCUCCAGCUCCAUGUUAGUGGAUUCCAGUAUGACAAUUGUGAAUAAUGAGUCGACAGAAAUUGCUCAGGGUAUAACUUUAAAAGAUGUCGAAACGUUUUUAGACGAUUCUGUGUUUGAAGGAUCAACCCUACCGGUUGGCGAUGAAUCUUCAGCAGCAGAUUUUCCCCUGAGUGCUAUUACUUCAAGUUCCGAGCGGACGUGA